AACGUCUAUUUACUUUUCAGUUAUUCCUUCGCGAGGUCUCAAAGAGAGUGGUCGUGUUAUAAAUAGGUUGAAAUAUAUUCGCGAGUGAAAAUGGGGUGUUUGUUAAAUACAGUGACUAUUUUUCUACUUGUUGGUUUGACGAAGUCUUCAACGCACACCUACAAAGCUGGGACCGUGAGCAGCACGCAAUGCAGCUUGGAUGCGUGUGCGCAGCUCGUCCAGAAUGCGGCUAAAGCUAAUGUUGACGUAUUGGUGCUGCCUGUCCCUGACAUUUUCAGAUCUGCUCAGAAAGAUAAUUAUGAUGAGGCAGUGAAAGUAAUCUCAAGGUUGGCGAAGGACAACAAAAUCUACGUGGUCUCACAUUUGCUGGAGAAGGUGCGAUGCCAGGAGAAGAAUGAAAUUAUCAGGAGUAACCUGGUUUUCGAUCGUCAAGGGAGCGUCGUUUCUAUCUAUAGAAAGCCCCUGGACCCCACAGCCACCUGCAACGUCACUACCACCGAAACCACCUUCGUUACCGAUUUCGGAGUCACCUUCGGCGUGCUGAUGCCAGAGGAUUUGGUGCUGAGAAACCUCCAGGGGAAGAACUUCGUAGUGGCAGGCGAGUGGGGAUCAGAGAUUCCAGUUCUUGCAGCUCCGCAAUUCUUCAAAUCCUGGGCCUUCACCACGAAUGUGAACCUGGUGUCGUCGUUUGGAGUAUUCGCUGGGAAGGCUGGAGAAACCGGCCAUGGAACUGACUUCAUUGUUGCUGAACUGAAGAAGGAUGGAGAAUACACUAUCAACGCCCCUAUUGCCACCACAUCUCCACACGUCCAGGACCUGAGCCAGUAUGUCAUCAAGCCCCUGGACCUUACAAACCAGGAUGUGCGGGAGACUGUGUGCCAUGGACAAUUCUGCUGCCAGUUCCACGUCAAGACCAGUGCCUCUGUUGGGGAACUGAAGUUCGGCGCCGCCGCGUUUGAAGGCGUCCGCCAUUACGGAGGUGGUCAAAACAUCGGCACGCAGGAAUGCGCCCUUCUGCUCUGCAAUGGAAGCUACAAGAGGUCUUGUGAUAUUGGAUCCAUCAAUAACACCAACGUCAUAUUCGAUGAAGUCUCCAUCACCGCUAACUUCAAACCUACAGAAUCUGCUCAGUUCCCGAUCAUCCUGUCAACCGACUCUCUGUCAAACAGCCAAUUCCAGUUUGACAGCAAACAUGAAAACAAUACCAGCCAAGUAACUGUCAAAUUGUACGAAGGACAAAAUCUUUUGAACUUCGGUAUUUUUGGGAGAGAUUUCUCAAAGGACUACGUAGGGAAAACUGUGAUCUAUGGUAAUGAUGAUGGAUUGACGUACAAGAUCUACGAGUACAUUAACAGUGAUGAGGUCCUAGAGUUCUGUGAUUAUGUCUGGAUCCGGUUGAGGGUGCUUAUUUUCGUUGUUUCUAUCUAUGUUUUGGAAAUGAUGUAAAUAUAAGUUCACAUUUGUAUGUAAUUAAGUAUGUUUUUACAAAAAUAUAGCGUGCCAUUUUUUUUGCACUCAUAAAAAAAACGUUUUUUUAAAUUUGUAAUAUGUUAAUGUUUAAACAAUGAAACGAAGCUAAUAUACAUUUUUUUUUAUAUUAUAGGACAUUAUAUUUGGAUUUUAUAAAAAAAAUAUACAGUUGGCAUGCAUACAACUGUUGAUAAAUUUAAACCUUCAACUUGUUAUUUUGUAAGCUUUUAGCUAAAACUCAUAGCACGUCUGAAAUUCCUGGUUUUGCAUUUAAUUUUAAAAAUAUCCCAGAUUUAUUUUCUUGAGGUUUCGUUUAUAAGUCUACCUAUUUUUUAAUUAUAGAAAAUAUUUAGGUACGUAGCCAAAACGUUUUGGUUAUUAACUAAAAUUAAAUUAUUAAACCUUUUGCUUAGAAUAUAUAUUCGCAAAAAUCCCAAGGUUAGGUUAAAGAGCAAUGUUCGCACAUAUUUGGGAAAUACCGCAGAUUUUAUUUGGCAUAAUUUAUUUCUGUAGGUAACUAUUGUAUUGUUUUGGCGAUGAACGUGACGGUGUUUUUUAAGUCACGUUUUCAUUCACAUGUAAGAUUUAAGGAAUUUGUAGUUUAUUUUUAGGUAAAUAAAAAAAAGCUAUGUUUAUUGUACAAGUACCUCAUUAAUGCUAUGUUCCAUUUUGAAACCCCAAAAUGGUAUAUCAUCGUAUGUAAAUAUUGUUACUUAUAUUGAAAAUGUCAGUUAUGAUAUUUUAAGAAUUAUGAUUUUAAGAUUUUUAAGUACUACCUACUUGUACUUAGUUAUCAAAAUUAAUUCAGCUUACAUUUUAUAACAUUUAAGAAUACCUAUAUCCAUAAACAUGCUUUAUGUAGCCGUACAUACAUGCUACAAAUGCUAUGUUAAUCCUAUGUAUCGAAUAGGGAAAACUACCCAUUAAGAGGCUGUCAAUACCUAAAGCGCGUACACUGUCUAUUUGUAUCGGAGUAAGUGAGAUAGCACUGUCGCAUGUUACUGGGCCUGGGCAAAAGAAUAAUAAGAAAAAUAUUUAAAUAAAAAAAAGUGGAUUAUUAGUGUAAUAUUUUACUAAAUAGCGGUUUAGAUAUAAAUGUUUUGAAAUUGUGAUUUUAAUUGCAGACCCAUAAGUCAAAACAAUAAAGACAUAGAACCGUUUAAUUGUAAUUUUAAGACCAAUAUUUGCAAUUAUUUUCUAUCGAGCCGAUUUCGUUCAAUCAUGUAUCGAGUACAACCACGGUCUUUGAAAUAUAAUUAAUAUGAACGUAUAUUUUUCUUACUUGACUAAAACAAAUAGUCUUUCUUAAAAAACUGUUUAAGUACCAUCAAUUUCAAGGACAUUGGGUGUGGACAGCCUCUUAACGUAAAUUCUGUAACAACUGGAUACCAAAGUUUGGUGCCAAUUAAUGGGUAUUUUACCCUAUAGUUUUAUAUCUGAAAAAUAUUAAGUUAAGUCGGCUGUGUAAAUGUUAUUGUGUGUUUUUAUGGUAAACGACUGAAUACUGUGAUAUUAGAUUACUAGAUCCUACGCAUGGGUGGAAAUAAAGAUCGUUUAACAUUUAUAA